UUUAAAGUUCACUCCCUGCGACAAAACCCGACAGCUAACGCCGCCGAUUGUUGACCUGCAUCGACAUGACUUCACUAACGAUGAUCGCUCGUGUGUCGGACGGACUUCCGCUCGCUGCGUCGAUACAGGAGGAUGAACAGUCAGGAAGAGACCUCCAGCAGUACCAGAGCCAGGCCAAGCAGCUCUUCCGUAAACUGAAUGCUCAAAGCCCGGAGCGCUGUACCCUGGAGGCCGGGGACAUGAACUUCCACUAUGUAAUAGCACAGGGUGUAUGCUACCUGUUCCUCUGUGAGGCUUCCUUCCCCAAAAAGAUGGUUUUUGCAUACCUUGAAGACCUCCACAGUGAGUUCUAUGAUCAGUAUGGACGGAGAGUGCCCACGGUGACGAGGCCAUACUCUUUCAUCGAGUUUGAUACAUACAUCCAGAAGACAAAGAAAUCGUACAUCGACAGCAGGGCCAGGAGGAACUUUAGCAGUAUUAACACGGAGCUACAGGACGUCCAAAGAAUUAUGGUGGCAAAUAUUGAGGAAGUUCUGCAAAGAGGAGAAUCUCUCUCUGCUCUUGACACAAAAGCAAGCAAUCUGUCCAGCCUGUCGAAGAAGUACCGUAGCGAUGCCAAAGACCUCAACACCCGCUCCACAUAUGCUAAGGUGGCUGCUGUGGCAGUGUUCUUCAUCACACUCGUUGUUUAUGUGCGUUUCUGGUGGCUCUGAUGGACUCUCAAACAAGGACUCUGACAUAUGGGAGAGGGUGAAAAUGCAUCUACACUGAUCCUGUUACCUUUGUUCUAUACCAGGGUGCCUUAAAGGGAUCAUCAGUCCCUACUGAAGGUAGAAAUCCUUUUCUGUGCUUUAUCCAGCUUUGACUUGUGCCAUAUAUACAGUAUAAACUGAGCCAUUAUAGGUCUGUGAUGGGACUCAUCUGUGUAUAGAAAUGCUUCAUGUUGAGUUCAAGUACAUCUGCUAACUGGAAUAUUUAGAGCAAGGUGUUGAUAGUUAACAUGUCUAACCUGGUAUAGGGGUUUCUUUCAGAGUUUGAGCAUUAAAGAGAAACCAUGUAUGAAUCUG